CACGCGGCGCGGGUGGAGGAGUCCACCUCGCGGGCGACACGCUUUUUAAUUUAUUAUAUUAAAAUGGAUCCAAGCCUUGGAAAUUGAUUUGUUUAGUUAAUGUGCAUCUAUUGAUACGCGACUAAUAAAGAACAAACAAACUUCAAUUUGAUGUCAAGGUCUUUGAAACAAAUGCAGUACGUUGACUGUACUUUUUUUUGUCUGGGAAAUGGCUUACGCAUCCUUCAACCACCUGGGGAACGAUAAGAAGGUUAAGGGAACAAUAAUGAUGUCCAGUCAAAUAAAUAUUUGAGGUAAAUCAUCAAAAAGGGGAUGACGUUCGGCGACGAGGACCUGCGGUGCGGCGCGGGGUGAUCACUCUCGGAGCAUGUGGGUGCUGUUAAUGCUGGCGCUGGCGGCGGCCGCCUCCGCCGACUGCCCGCGCCACUGCGAAUGCAAGUGGCGCAGCGGCAAGGAGUCCGCCCUCUGCGCCCGCGCCGGCCUCACCGCGGUGCCACCGCGUCUUGACCCUACCACGCAGCUCCUCGAUCUCUCGGAUAAUCGCCUACCUACACUCCGGGACGAUGCGUUUGCCGCAGCCGGCUUGCUCAACCUUCAACGUCUCUAUCUUCCUUCGUGCAACGUCCGCCAUAUUCGCCAGUUUGCAUUCAGAGCACUGGUCAAUCUGGUUGAACUGGACCUUUCCAAAAAUCGUCUUGAUGCUGUACCUUCGCAAGCUUUUAAUUCUAUACCAGAACUUCGAGAAUUACGACUGAAUGGAAAUCCCAUCACUAAGAUUUCAGAUGAUGCAUUUAUAGCUUUGCCACAUUUAGUUCGUCUCUCUCUAAGUUUUUGUAAAAUAUCUGAAAUAGAACCCCGAGGAUUUACGGGGCUAGAAGCUUCCCUUGAGUACUUGGAGUUGAGCAAAAAUCGACUGCAAAUAUUACAUGUGGCUGUUUUGGCACCUUUGAGGUCAUUAAAAGGAUUAGAACUUGCGAACAAUCCAUGGGAGUGCAGCUGUGCUUUAAGACCUAUGCGUGACUGGAUGAUAAGAAGAAAUGUGCCUGCUACUGUAGUUCCAGAAUGUGCUUUGCCACCACGAUUGAUGACUCAAUCGUGGGAUCGUCUUGAUUUAGAAGAUUUUGCAUGUACACCUGAAGUGAGUGCAUCUCCAAAUCAGUUCAGAGGAGUGGAAGGAGACGACGUUACUUUAGUGUGUCGAGUCUCCGGUGUGCCAGCACCCAGAGUGCGGUGGUUGAGAGCGGGUCGUUUGCUCGCUAACACUUCUUCCACUCAUGUCAAUUCUGGAAAAGCUUUUAUGUUACGCAGUGAAGGGCAGACUAGUAAUCUUACUAUAAAAUCAGCCGAUAUGCAAGAUACUGGGUCUUAUGUAUGUAAUGCUGAGAACCGUGCCGGAAAGGCUGAAAUAGUUUUAAGUUUAGCAAUAGACAAAAAACCACCUAACAAAAGUUUCGGUGGUCGUGCCCUAAUGGCUGGAAUGGCAGUAUCCGCUGUCUUAGUAUUAAGUUCAUGUCUAAUAGGUUUAUGUGCAUAUGAAACGCGAAAGAAAAGACAGUUAGAUAGGUGGAAUGAACAGAUUGUAACAACAAAUCAUCGUGAGGAUAGUUAUGAAAAAAUAGAAGCUAAUAUUAAAAAUAAUGUUGAAUUACCGCGAGUGAUAUCUUCAGACAAUGGUCGUAAAAGAGGUGAUUAUAGAAACGUACCCUUACAUGAUUCAGAAGAUGAUUACGAAGGGUACUUGAAGAGCGAAGCUCGGAAUGACAGGGAUAGUUCUUUAACUCCACCUUUACAGUCAGCUUGGCGACGUACUGAUUACGAUUCCAGAGUAACUAGAAGUAGUGAAACCGAACGAGAUUUGCAUAUACCCAGAUUUAGCGAUUACAAUAUCAGGUCAGAUGCGACGUCUGAUUCAGUGCAGAGUUCUCACUCCGCGGGGGUAUCAAACCCUCAUGUAGAGAUACUAUCAGAAAGCAAUCGGUACAACAAUAACCCGCGAUCGUGCCCCCGGCCCCGUACUUGCGACCGUCUCGACAAUGAUCUCUCUGGAAGUGACAGUGAAAAGAACUAUCCCGAUCUUAUAGAAAUGAGUGCUCUUGGUACAUCAUCUUAUUUAAGAAGCGAAGCCAAACAUGAUCCAUAUUACUUUUAUACUAUACCAAGAAGAAAAGACGGAGAUAGUCGUAGUCCGCUGCUAAGUAGCAGACGGAACAGUUCGGGGGGUGAUUCUAUAAAUUUUACGCAGUAUGAUAAAAUCCGAUUACGCUCCUCUGGACGACGGUCAAAUAGUUUUUUGGAUUUGUCUACUGGUGGAAAACGAAUACGACGUAAUCCAAGUUUGCCAGCUUCACCCACAAGAGAACAAUCGACAGUACCGUCCGCAACACCUCUUUUGAACCUCACAGGAUUGAAUGAUUAUACUCAAAGAGGUCAGCCAUUAGAGGAUUUUGAUUUUCGCGCGUCACAACUAGAGAAGUUUCUUGAAGAAUAUAGAAAUCUGCGAGAACAACUUUCAAGGAUGAAAGAAACAAGAGAAAAUUUGCAAAGAACCAGAGCUGUUGAGAACAGCGAAAAACGGACCGUUAUGAAAGGGAAGCCUAGUGUUGCGGUAACUGAAACAUCAUCAUCUGUAGCACUAGCGGAUGCUGCAUCUCCAUUAGCGCGUAGUCCCCCUGAGUAUAAACCCCAACAACCCCAACCGGAAUGGCUCACUACAUUAUUAUAUCGUAAUUAAGCAAACCAGUAAAUGUACCGUGGAAAUUUAAUUCACAUUUUAUUUGUAUUUCUGAUUUGUAGAAAAUAUUGAUUGUAAAUAUUAGGAACGGCCCGUCGUUCGCGAUAAGAAUUUAAAUUGUUUGUAAGUGAAACAUGAAAAAGCAUUCUUCAGAAGUUGAAAUAAAUUGAAUCGAGGAA